CUGCGCUGCUGCUAGCGCAGCCGCACUUUCCAGCCUCUGCUUGGGACUCUGAACCCGAGGUACGGGCGGGGCGCGAUGGCAGCUUGGGGCGAGCGACUGGCUGGAGUCCGCGGGGUGCUGCUCGACAUCUCGGGUGUUCUGUAUGACAGCGGCGAGGGCGGCGGCAAACAGAUCGCUGGCUCCGUGGAGGCGGUGGCGAGACUGAAGCGGUCGGGGCUGAAGGUGAGGUUCUGCACCAACGAGUCUCAGAAGUCCCGCAAACACCUGGUGGGGGAGCUUCGCCACUUGGGCUUCGACAUCUCCGAGAGCGAGGUGACUGCCCCGCCCCCAGCUGCCUGUCGGAUCCUGAAGGAGCGAGGCCUUCGGCCAUACCUGCUUGUCCACGACGACGUCCGCUCAGAAUUCGAUCAGAUCGACACGUCCAACCCCAACUGCGUGGUAAUCGCAGAUGCAGGAGAAAACUUGUCUUAUCAGAACAUGAAUAAAGCCUUCCAGGUGCUCAUGGAGCUGGAAAGACCUGUGCUCCUGUCAAUGGGGAUGGGACGCUACUACAAGGUCACCUCGGGCCUGAGGCUGGACGUUGGUGGCUACACAAAGGCACUCGAGUACGCCUGUGGGAUCAAGGCCGAGGUGGUGGGGAAGCCUUCUCCCGAGUUCUUCAAGUCUGCCCUGCGGGAGAUGGGGAUGGAGGCCUCCCAGGUUUAUUGACUUCAGAGAUCGAGGAAGGGGGGGAGAGAGAGAAACAGUGUGAGAGAGAAGCACCCAUCGGUUGCCCCUGUGCCCGCCCCGACUGGGGAUGGAAGCAGCAGCCUUUGGUGUGCAGGGGACGCUCCAACCAACUGAGCCACCCAGCCAGGGGCCCUUUUUCUUUCUUUUAAAGGAUUUACCCUUGCAUUUCUAAGCAGACUUACUACUAUUGUAUCCUUUCUUAUUAUAGUAUGUCUUUCAAGAAUAAAAGGUAUUUUAGACACAGCCUAACAAUGCUCUAAAACACCUAACAAGGGCCAGGAAGCACGCAAGUGAUGCUCAGCCUCGUGUUUCUGGGAAAAGGCAAGUGAGAACCACAACGAGGUCCUGCCUCGCACCCACUCAGGUGGCCGUACUAGUGAGGGAAGAAACGAAAAAACGGAAAAGAACAAGUGUUUGGUGAGAAUUUGGGCCCCCCAUACAGGAAUGCUCGCAGGGAUGUGACAUGGAGCAGCCACUGGGAAAGCAGUAUCUGCACAAGUCACGGACGGUCACGCACAGCACGCACACUCACGCACAGAAGCGCCACACGACCCAGCAGCCUCGCAUCGGAGCACAUACCCAAAAGAAUCGAAAACCGGUAUUCAAAUAAAAACGUGCACCCGAAUAUCCAUAGCAGCAUUAUCCACAAUGGCCGAAAGAUAGAAGCAAAGCACAUGUUCAUCAACAAGUGAAUAGAGAAACAAAACGUGGCGUAUUUACACAGUGGAAUGUUUCAGCCAGAAGAAGAACGAACCACUGCCACAUGCUGUAAUGUGGGUGGAAACCACGGUAAGUGAAGGGAGCAGGUCACCAAGGCCACCUCUUAUAUAUUAUAUUUACACAAAACGUGGGAAAGCCCAGAAUAGGCAAAUCCAUGCCAACGUAAAACAGAUUAGUGGUUGCGGAGCAAGGGGGUGGAGAGGGGCUGCAUAAUGCGCAUGAGGGGUCCUUUGAGGUGAGGGACCUAGUCCAGCGCCUCUGCCUGCUGGAUUCCGCAGGUCGGCGGCAGGGCCAGAGUCUGCGCAGCUUGCUGACGGGCACUCUCUAGGUGGUGGCACAGAAUGUCCGGUUGUCUCUUUCUGUGGGGUUGGUGGCUAUGGAGGAUGGGUCCCCAACUCUGUUCCUCCCUUCAGAGGUGCAGAGUGGUGAUGUCUGAAUCCUGUCAUUCCCCCCACCCCGUUUUCCCCCCGGCAGCUUCUCUGCAGGAGAGCCCCCCACCAACUCUUUGUUACCCUGGGGUACAGCUCCCGCAGGAAGCCAGAUAGUUCCCUGACUCUUUCCCAUAGUCAUCAGUGUUUGCGAUAAGGAGGUGAUUCUCUGACAUCCUCCUGAAGCGACAAAGGAGAUUUAAGAAUACAUGCAUCGUUAUAAAAAAUGGAGGUAAACCCAUUCAAGGUGUUUCGGCCCAUGCAGUUACUGCCUUAUCUUCACCAGGGCAGGGACCAUAGUAACUCACCUGUGACCUGUGGGAGCCCUCAUGGUGGCAUCUGAGCCCCUUAGCCCUGACCCUGGGUCUCAGGUCCUUGGCUCCCUAUGAUGACAGAGGUCCCACCUCUGCUCUGCAUCCUUCCCGGACUCUGCCACCCUCCCAAGGAGCCACGCUUGCCAUCAGUGUUUAGAAACCAUGAUCAGGGACUUCCGGCCAAGAUGGCGGCAUAGGUGGAAACAUUGUGCCUCCUCGCACAACCAAGUAUAAAGACAACAAAGUUGUAGUACCAAAAACACAGCCAAAACACAGAAAAUUGAACUGUAAGGAAGUCUGACAACAACGAACCCUUCAGCCAGACCAGUAAGAGGGGCGGAGUCAGCGGCGGAGUGGGGUCGGGCAGGACAAAUCGGCCAGACCAACCCAGGAGUGCAGGCAGAGUUUGGCAGAUCCCAGGCGUGGGGUGGCAACGGGCAGACCCAGUGAGGGCGUAAGGCGGCUGGCUGACCGCUGUCACACAUUCACGCACAGAUAAACCAGCGAAGGAGCAAGCAGUGAGACAGACUGCGCAGGCCAGGGCCCCAGCGAUGGGAAUUAGAGCCUGAAAGCACCAAUUAGAAAGACUUUUGGGGUCAAGAUGCCGGGUGAAGAUCCCGGGCUCAUAGAGAGUUCGUUGGAGAGACCCACAGGGUCCUGGAGGGUGCACAGGCCCACACUCCUGGGAACCAGCACCAGAAGGGCCCAAUUUGCUUGUGGGAAGUGGCAGAGGGGACAGAAAUCUGAGAGAGGGAACAAACACCAUUGCCCCUCUGAACCCACCCCCACAUACAGCAUCACAACCCAGCGAGCUGGGUGGCCCCACCCUGGUGAACAUCUAAGGCUCCGCCUCUCAUACAUAACAGGUGCAAACAGACUGAAAUAUUAUGGCUCAAGAACAGCUCAAAGCCCCAGAGCCAGUAAUUCUAAGCGACCAAGAGAUAGCCAAACUUUCAGAUGCGCAGUUCAAAACACUGGUGAUCAGGAUGCUCACAGAAUUGGUUGAUUUUAGUCAUAAAUUAGAGGAACAAAUGAAGGCUAAACUAAUUGAAAUGAAGGGAAUUGCACAGGAAACCAAUAGUGAUGGAAAUGAAACUGGGACUCAAAUCAAAGGAGUGGACCAGAAGGAAGAAAAAAAUGACCAAACAGAAAACAGUGAAGAAACAAGAAUUCAAAAAAAUGAGAAGAGGCUUAGGAACAUCCAGGACAUCUUUAAAUAUUCCAACAUCCGAAUUAUAGGGGUACCAGAAGGGGAAGAGGAACAGCCGUGAGUGGAAAACUUAUUUGAAAAAAAAAAUGGAGAAUUUCCCCAAUCUGGCAAAGGAAAUAGACUUCCAGGAAGCUCAGAGAGUCCCAAAGAAGUUGGGCCCAUGAAGGAACACACCAAAGCACAUCAUAAUUAUAUUACCCAAAAUGAAAGAUAAGGAGAGAAUCUUAAAAGCAGUAAGAGAAAAGGAGACAGUUACCUACAAAGGAGUUCCCAUAAGACUGUCAGCUGAUUUCUCAAAAGAGACCUGACAGGCAAGAAGGGGCUGGAAAGAAGUAUUCCAAGUCAUGAAAUCCAAAGACCUACAUCCAAGAUUGCUCUAACCAGCAAAGCUUUCAUUUAGAAUGGAAGGGCAGAUAAAGUGCUUGUCAGAUAAGGUCAAAUUCAAGGAGUUCAUCAUCACCAAGCCCUUAUUAUAUAAAAUGUUAAAGGGACUUAUCUAAGAAAAAGAAGAUGAAAAAUAUGAACAGUGAAAGGACAGCAAACUCAGUUAUUAACAACCACACCUAAAACAAAAGCAAACUAAGAGGACAGCUAGAUCAGGAGCAGAACCAUAGAAAUGAAGAUCACAUGGAGGGUUA